GCAGAGGUUAUUCAGGUGCCAGCAAAUACAAGGUGACAGACACAGAGGAACAAAGGAUGAUCAUAUUUUCCAUUGGUAAACUACAAUGGUGAAGAACAGUAAGAUGUCAGUGGGGCAUCAUGUGCAUUGUGAUAAAUGUUACAAUGCCCACUGUCAAGUCCCCGUGCAGAUCUCUGUCUCAUGCAUGGUCGUCAAAUGCCGAAGAGACUGUGGCGCCAGCCUCCACACGUGCAAGCAACAGGAGCACCAGCUCCUCUGUCCAAAUGAGACGGUCCCCUGCCUCAAUGUUGACUACGGCUGUCCUCUCACCAUGCUGCGCCACAGGAUGGCUAAACACCUGGAGGUCUGUCCCGCCAGCGUGGUCUGCUGCUCUCAGGAGUGGAACCGCUGGCCUGUCUCUGAAAGGGACCUGACCUUCUACAGAAACGUUUCGAUAAACCCUCAAACUGAGCUGCACCUCGAUGUUGCUAUGGCGCUAAGGGACCAAGAGCUGCUGUUUCGCUCCAUAAAAAUGAAGAACAUUUUUCCUGAGCUGAUGAUGCAGGAUCCUGCCAUCCAGGACAUUACUGCGGGGGCCAGCUGUCCUGCGGAGGAAGCAGCCUGUUCUUCAGAUUGUGGUGAAUUUACAGAAAACGGCUGCGGAAGGACGGAGGAAAAAGAACUCAGUCAAGAGGAGAGCGAUGCUUUGGCAAAGAGCCAGGACGUGGAGAGUCUUCAGAACCACAGCUCCUGGGAGAAAAUAUUCACGAAGGAGAUGGGGGGAUGCAAGCAAACUCUCAAAAACCUGAAUAAGAAGGAUGAAAAAGGAAAGGAAAAGGAGGAGCAAGAAUCAUCAAACUGUCAGGGAGAGACGGGAGACUCGCACCUGGACCAAGAGAAUGCUGCUUCCGUUUCGAGCAUGUAUGGUGCAAGUGGCCUUGCGCCGUGGCAAGAUGGGGUCCUGGAGAGGUUAGGCAAAGAAGCCAACAUUGCAGAAUACAACAUGUAUCUGGUGCACAACGGGCCAAUGUUGAUUAAUUUUGGCCAACUUGCAGCUUGCACCCCGAGAGAAAAGGAUUUCGUGUAUGGGAAUCUGGAGCCCAUCGAGGUUAAAACCGUCCGCUCAUUCAACGUUCCUACCAGCUAUCGAGCGAAGCGCAGCCAUCUGAAGGACCCGGCGCGCAAAGUCAAGACCACGCACCAGGGUGUCGACACUGCAGAUCUGGGCGUGUCAGCCGAGGACCUUCCAAAGUGUGACGAGGUUCGCUCCACACUCCUGUGCUCCUUGGAAAAGGAACUAAAAGGACAUUUAAUCUCAGAGAGUGCGGUGAUAGAUGGUCUUUAUGUAGAUAUAGGAACACAGACGUACAACUUUUGCUCGGCGCCGUUCAAAACAGAUGCAUCUCUUGCUGACGUCAUAGCAGACAGACCUCACGGUCUUUAUGUACAUAUCGAAGCGGAAUCUGUCACCAGAAGACACAACAAAAGAAGUUCAGCCUUCAGCUACACGUGCGGCCAUUUCUUUCGCCGCGACGAAUACCGCUCUCAUUUUAGGAAUGUCCACUCCGACAUACAGGCAUCUCUAAGUGGCUGGUUACAACAACGCUGCCCCUUGGCAUACCUCGGCUGCACUUUCACCCAGACAAGGUUUCAGCCGGCAGGUCACCAAGCCACAGUUAAAUUCUGCCAAGAUGUCAACACCUUCGUCCUCCAGCCACGGGUCCCUUCAUCCCUGUGUGAAGGCGUAAAAACCUUCAGCGCUCAGGGAAAUGGCGCACAUAAUCUGGAUCCCCUGAGCAGGCUGCCCCUGGAGAUUCUUCAGCACAUUGCCAGUUACCUUGACAGUUUUACAUUAUCUCAGCUGUCCCAGGUCUCCCAUCUGAUGAGGGAGGUGUGUGCCACGUUGUUGCAUGAGAGAGGGAUGGUAUCCCUCAAGUGGGAGAAAAAGACAUAUUCCCAUGGGAAAAGCUCCUGGAGAUGUCGAAAGAAAGUUUGGGAGUUCAGCUCUCUGUUUUCCUCGGUGGACAGAUGGAGCUUCAGCCGUACUCCUUCCAUGUCGGAUCACCUGAAAACCUGCUCCUUCUACCAGAGAGAGGAACGCACCGAGCCGGUGGUUUUAGCCUGCCUGGGAGAGGCCAGAGACAAACGCGGGGAAGUAAAGCACAAGACAUAAUUCUCAUGGCCCCAGAGCUCGGUGGGCGGACCACAGCCCGAGCAAUGCCAUGUGAAGAAUCACUCAUACGUGAUAUGUAUGCACCCACAAAACUUCAAAGUGGAUAAAGCCUCCACAUAUACAGCUACUGUAUAGGAACGGAAGGGAAUUCAGAGAUGCUGUGUGCUGCAGCCCUGCAGACAGAUACUUUAUAUGUGAAGAAUUUAUUGUGGCUUAAACUGCAAUUUUGUGAAGACUUUUACACAUCCUCUAUUCUUUUUGUAACUUCUCCGCAAACCGUUUUGACUGUAAGUGGACAAAGUGCUCUGACAUUUAUGUAUUUAUGUAGUGCUUUCAAGAGCUCAUAAGG